AGGUCAAUGAAUAUGAUUAUGAGAUGGAAGGGAGUACCUUCUUUGGCUUCUUCCUAAGUCCUAACCUUGACGAGGCCAAUUCCAUUCAUUUUGAUGUGUCUCUGUUUUCAACAAACGUUCACAACAACACAUUUCGCCGUUUCAAAUCACUACUUAACACCGGGGCACAUAGAGAGAGAGAGACAUCAUGGUCUCUUCUAAUGGACUAGCUACGAGUCAGCCACUUUUUUCUUUUGGAUUGAUUUCUGAUGUCCAAUAUGCUGACAUUCCUGAUGGCCGUUCAUUCCUUGGUGUUCCACGGUAUUAUAGACACAGUCUUCUCAUAUUGCAGAGAGCAGUUAAAGAAUGGAACUCUCAUCAGAGGCACAAGUUUGUGAUUAAUUUUGGAGAUAUUGUUGAUGGGUUUUGUCCCAAAGAUCAAUCUCUUGAUACUGUAAAGAAAGUUGUUGAUGAAUUUGAGAUGUUCACAGGAGGACCUGUGUAUCAUAUGAUUGGCAAUCACUGCCUAUACAAUCUUCCUCGCAGCAAGUUACUUUCAUUACUGAAGAUCCAUACUCUUGAUGGCCGCGCAUACUAUGAUUUCUCGCCAGUGCCUGAAUAUAGAUUUGUUGUUCUGGAUGCCUAUGACAUCAGUGCCAUUGGUUGGCCUCAAGAUCAUCCAAAAACACUGGAGGCCUUGAAAAUCCUAAGGGAGAAGAAUCCAAAUGAAGAUAAGAACAGUCCAACAAAUUUGGAGGGUCCUGAACGAAGGUUUGUAAUGUUUAAUGGAGCUGUUGGAAAGGAACAGGUCGAAUGGUUAGAUGGUGUUCUCUUGGAGUCAACAAACUUGAAACAGAAGGUGGUUGUCUGCUGCCAUCUGCCUCUACAUCCUGGUGCGGCAACUGAAGAGACACUGUUGUGGAAUUACGAUGAAGUAAUGAAUUUGAUACACAGAUACAAUUGCGUUAAGGUCUGUCUUGCAGGGCAUGAUCAUAAAGGCGGAUACUCUAUUGAUUCUCAUGGGAUACACCAUAGAGUUUUUGAAGCUGCUUUGGAAUGCCCUCCUGGUACGGAUGCAUUUGGAUACAUUGAUGUCUAUGAUGACAGGAUAUCACUUGUUGGAACUGACAGAAUGAAAAGUACAGAGAUGGAUUUUACUCCCCCAAGUUAAUUUGUAUGACAGGAUGUCUUCACGUUUGUAAAAUUACCUAUUAUUUUUUCACUAAUGUUUGAAAUAGUACCUAUCAUCUUGUUCUAGUCCUACCUACAGGGAAGUUUGUAUUUAAAGUUGGAAUAACUUAAAUUGAGUUGGUACUGUUCAUGAAUCAACCAAUUUGUGCUUAACAUGUUCCUUCCUCUUCGUUUUGAGAGAGGCAACGAUGCAACAUGCAGCACUACUUAUACUUGUUUUGCGUCUGGAUUGUGAUUGAUCUAGUAAAAUUGUUACACAACUUUGCUUCA